UUUUCAAAUAUACAUGUUUGAUUUGAUUACCACCAACAAUAUUACUGAAGUUUGUCAAACAGAAUCAUGUCAACAUGUAGCAAAAACUAUUAAAAAUAAUAUAGAUUUCAAUAUUGAUCCAUGUAUUGAUUUUUAUCAAUAUUCAUGCGGCAGCUGGAUCGAGCACACAGAAUUACCUCCUGACCGUGCACAAACCUCACCUUUAUCUGAUAUCUCUUUAAGUCAUCAACAAACACUACACGACUUGUUAGAAGGAUCAUACGAUGAUUUAAUUAAUAAGGUAGUAACAGACGAUCAGCUAUUAUUGGAUGAUGAAGAUAUUGACAGGGAAAACUUUGACAAAGUGAAACAAUAUUAUGAUGCUUGUAUGGAUGAAGAUACCUUGGUCAACUUGGGUCCAACUCCUAUAUACCCAUUUCUAGCUCGACAAGCUCAACAAACCGAUCUCACCGAUAUCAUUGUAUCACUUCUUAUGGAUCAAGAUGCCCCUCUUUUUGAUAUUGGAGUGGCACCAGACGACAAACAUCCAACAAAACAUAUCAUGGUAGUCAAUCAACUUGUUCUCAAUGCUCCCUCCAAAGACUAUUAUGAACAAACUGAUCUUAUGGAUAAAUACCGUCAAGGUCUCUCCAAAGUUGUGGAUGCUGUUAUCGGAACAAAUCAAUCGGAUAUCACCCGGAAGACUGCUACUCAAAAGAACUUGACGUUAUUGACAUAUUCUGAUAUAGAACAAGCUGUUCAACACUCUGUGGAUAUGGAAAUAACUUUGGCUCGAAUGACUGUUCCAAUAGAAGAAGUUCGUGAUCCUAUACGAAGUUACAACUCUAUGGAUUUCUCUGAUUUUGAAGAUAAAUACUCAUUUGUGGACUGGAAGAAACUGAUACGUAAACUCGCUCCAAAGGAUACAAAUUUACCUGAUACUAUCAUAGUGACUACACCAUCCUAUUUUGACAAAGUGGCUGAAUGGUUUGAAAAGACACCUGAUGCAACCGAUAUACUGAAGAAUUAUUUUAUGGUACGAUAUAUAUACAGCCGAUCGUCUCAACUUGAUCCAACAACGGCCGGUUACGUAUAUGACAUUGAUAGUGGAUUAUUUUCUGGAGUCACGACAAAACCUCCUCGAUGGCGUCAUUGUGUUGCAAGUACUUCGUUAUCGUUUGGAGACAUGUUAGGACGAUACUUUAUCUUGGUUCAGUUUGGUGGUGAGGAUAAACGAAAGGACAUAUUGACUUUUUUGGAUACCAUUCAUGAAGCUUGGGGAAAACGCCUUUCAUCUCUUACUUGGUUGGAUAAACAAACUUUGGAUAAGGCUUUGGAAAAACUUGGGAAAAUUCGUCACAAGGCCGCUUAUAGUAUCCAUUAUCCUGAUUUACGUUCGGCAUCAUCACUCGCAACAUUUUAUAAAGACAUGACUGUCAACAGAAAAACGUAUUAUGACAAUGUAGGAAGAUCCAAUGUGUGGGGCAUUAGACAACAAUGGAAAAAAUGGGGCAAACCUGUGGACAAGGAUAUCUUUGAUAUGGAUGCAAUGGAAGCAAAUGCUUAUUAUACUCCCAAUGAUAAUGAAAUUGUUGUACCAGCAGGAAUUCUUACCAGUCCUUAUUAUGAUGAUCAAGUGCCAGAUGCUUUGAAUUUUGGUGGUAUUGGUAUGGUUGUUGGACAUGAAAUCACACAUGCUUUCGAUAACUCUGGUCAACUGUAUGAUGGUGAUGGCAAACUCGAAAAUUGGUGGACAAAUGCAACUAUGGAGAAAUUCAAUGAAAUGAAAACAUGUUUUAUUGAUCAAUAUUCUGAAUUUACUGAAAAGGAUGCUGGAGGAAAAGUUUAUCAUGUCAAUGGAAAACUUACACUAGGGGAAAACCUGGCUGAUAAUGGUGGUGUUGGUGUCAGUUAUGAUGCUUUUAUGACUCUAUCCAAAACCAAGAAACAAUUAUCUUUACCUGGUUUAGAUUUUUCUCCUGAACAACUUUUAUAUGUGAACUAUGCUCAGUCUUGGUGUACCAAGGCCACUCCUCAAUCAAGAAUUAGUGCGAUCCUUUCUGAUGAACACUCUCCCGAAAGAGCUCGUAUUAAUGGUGUUGUUCAAAACUCGGAAGCCUUUUCAAAACUCUUCAAUUGUCCAAUUGGAAGUCCCAUGAAUCCUACGAAGAAAUGUAGUAUAUGGUAGAUUAGAUUUUAUGAUUUGAUCGGUCUUCCAAAUAAAAAGCUUUGAUUUUUUUUUUUA